GCUAUCAUUGAAGAUAAGCCGCAUCCGUGUUGCCAAAAGGGGUGCACCAGUCUUGCCAGUGCACACAAGGGCUGUCGUGAGAGUGAGACGUAGGAGAGAAGAGACCGGAGCUAUGGAUACAAAAAAGUUGGUCUGCCUGGUGAAGAUCGGGAACAUGGAUGGGGUGAGGAAUUUAGUUCGGCAGGGCACUCCUCUGGACUACCUCGAGGACCGCCGCUCGCCUCUCAUGCACGCAGCGGUAUCCAAGAAAGUGGGCAUGGUGCGCGAGUUGCUGGACAUGGGCGCUUCUGUUGACUUCACAAACGACGACGGCUUGACGGCCCUACACUGCGCGGCCACCAGCGGGUCACUGAAGGAGGCUGAGGCGCUGUUGGAUGCUGGGGCAGAGCUGGAGGGAAGGACCAACACAGGCAGAACACCGCUGGCUCUGGCGUGCCGCAAUGGACGUCUCCCCACGGCCAAGAUGCUGCUGGAGAGAGGAGCUGAUCCUAACGCGAGGGACAAUACAGGGUGGACGCUGCUCUUCAUGGCUGCCCGCGCUGGUUCCUUGCCGGUGGUUAAGUGGCUGGUGGAGGAGCUGGACGCCGACCCCCGCCCAGAAAUCAAUGGAAGAACCGCGGAGAAGUUGGCAGAGAUCAAGAAACAUCAGGAGGUGGCAGAGUACUUGAGGAACGUUCUCCGAGACCUCCCUGACCCAAUACAGGAAGGACCGAGCCUGAAGAAGUCGCCUAGUGGUACGUCAAAAAGAGACGCCGAGAAAUUGCCCGUCCGAGCCAACAGUCUUCAUGAGUCACAUUGGGUGAGUGGCGGGGCAGUCGGUCCUGCGGAGCUGAGGGUGAAGUAUGCCCACCAGUUGGUCCAGCCGAGCCAUGAUGUUUACGACACCACCACCGACCCCCCAGGCCUAGUCCUCCUCCUCAACUACAGAAAUUUUUCGGAGGUCACUCAUCUGGAAAGAGAAGGAGCUGAGUACGACACUAUUAACCUCGUCAGCGUGUUCGAGCAGAUGGGUUACGAGGUUGAGAGUCACGAGAACAAGACGUGGGAGGAAACUAUCUGGUGUCUGAAAGAAUUUUCCGAGUCAGAACGUCUGAAGAAAGUUGGCUGCGCUAUCGUGGUAGUUUCUUCUCACGGAGGCAAUGAAAAGCGUUCCUUCUCCACUUCGGACUGCCAAGACGUGUCUGUCGACUACAUUCACAACCUUUUCAUCGAAAAUCAGUGCAGGGAAGUGAGGGAGAUGGCUAAACUAUUCUUCUUCCAGUUUUGCCGUGGAGAUUUUUCCCCCGAAUAUCACGUCGAACAUCAAAUGGACAACUUGAGACGCGCAGCUCCAGAAAACAUCAUCAGUUUUUUCAGCACCUCCGACGGGUUCGUCAGCUACAGGGCUCCGCUCAGAGGCAGCAAGUUCUUGUUAGUCCUGUGCGAGGUUCUGGCCGAGAAUGCCCAUGAAGAAUGCCUUGAUGAACUCUUCCGGGAGGUGCAGCGGCGAUACAGUAUGGAUGAGUUGCGUGCCACGCCGGAGAAGCAGGACCUCAACUUUAUGAAGAAAUUCUACUUUAAUCCUCGCCCCAGAGAGUGUUAGCUGGAGAGAUAGCCUCACCGAGGAUGGCUAUACUCCGGUUCCCAGCCCGUACUGGUUCACUUACGAAACAUAAUCUGGGAUGGUCUUUUUUUCACAGCUCUUUGAGUGAGCUGACUUUUGGUUCCUGUGAGUUGCGAUGUGUAAAAUAAUUAAAGACCUAACAGAAACUCCAACAUUCACUUACAAUUAACUACUAUUUGUUAAAUUGUCUACCUUAAUUAUUUGAUUUUAAUAAGUAAAAUCGUAUAUUACACAUUAUCCGUGUGAGUGACAUUAAUAUAUAUGAAUAAAUUUAGUCGAUAUUCACACAUCUUUCUGAAUUGUAGACCUUUACUAAUGCUGAUAUUUUACUCGUAACAACUGUACAUUCUUUUCCAUCCUUGACUUAAUUAAGACAGUCCCUCCUUUGAUAUACACUUUCUUUCAUAUCUGUAUAAGCUGCUAUAAAUGGUGGAUACAAGUAGGUAACCUAACUCCAACCACAAGUACUCUCCUAAAUGAAUGCAAUGAAAUACACUGAGGGCUAUUACGAACAUA